AAUAUGAAUUUAUAAUAAGAAUUUACAGAUAUGGUUCAACGAUAUAUUAUUCAAGUACACUGUCAUUUUUGUCGUGAUUUUAUGAGGCCCAGGAUAAUAUUUCAUUUUGUUCCAAUCUGGAAUGUUGCAGGGUCCAAGAAGAAGGAAGGAUCGGUGCGCCGUAAGCUCGGCAGGAACCCUCGCAUCCCCUUCUCCGCUGCUCAGGUGGAGGUACUAGAGGACAAGUACAGAGCCAGCCCCUACCUGUCGGCAUCUGACGUCAGCCACUUGUCUACGCUACUGAGGUUAUCAGACACUAGGAUAAAAAUAUGGUUCCAAAACCGAAGGGCGCGAGAAAGGCGCGAUAAUGGCAAGGGAGAGGUUUUGAAGCAGACACCACCCCCUCGGCAGCAGUCUUCAGGCCCUGUUAAAUCCGCCUUCACUCCCACUAGCGCUGCCAACUCCCGACAGUAGCACACGUGGGCGUGGCCUGGACUGAGUGAAAUCUGGACACUUUGAAUAGAGUGAUAUUAGUCGUCAAUCAGCAAGUGGCGGAUAUCAAAGAUCAAAAGCAAUAUAAUUAUUGUACAAGAAUAUAAUUAGAGUAACAUAAGUGAACGUAACAUGCGUGAAGUAAAUAAUAAACACGCAGUAAUGAAUGGAAAACUGUAUAAAACAUCAUCAAAUAUUAAUGCAUUUUUAACGUUUA